AUGACUGAGACACAGGAGGCAGCGAUUGCCGAAGGGCGCCGACUAUACGGUGCCCAACAAUUCAAGCCUGCUCUUAAGCAGUUUACCAUACUAUGUGCGUGCAAUCGGCAAGGCAAACGCCCACGCUGCAGCUGCAAGAACUUCGAAAAAGUGGCAUCAGAAGGUGGCUCAAUCUUCAAUGAGGCUAUGUAUACUUGCGAGUGCACAGUUCGCACGACAUUCAACAAAUGCGAUAACAUGCUGCAUAUACAAGCCCUCGACUAUCGUGCUGCAACAUUUGAAGAUAUCAAGGAGCUUGAGCGGGCCCAAAAGGAUGCCGAAUGGAUGCUAGAGCUUGCUCCAAGACUACCAGAUGGUUACUUGCGGCUUGGUAAGAUAUUGCGUCUCCAGAAAAAGUACGAGUUUGCCUGGAAAGUGUACAAUGCAGGAAUAGAGACGGGGAACAACAACCAUCAAGCCGAAUUGCCCAAGUUCAAGAAACUCCAAACCGCCAGACAACCGUUGCAUAUUCGGUUUUAUCGUCGAGACCCAUUGAAGAACCCCCCAGAGAUUAUCCAGCGCAUAUUCAGUUACCUUGAUUUCGCCACUCUUGUGCGAUGUACCGGUGUAUCCAAAGGAUGGAGGCGGUAUCUCUCCGGUCACGGCAAUGAGAGACUUUGGCGUACUCUUAUGUUCACUAAAAAAAUCCCGAUUAACCGUCCUCCUGGCAUCAAGUCGAUCAAGAAAUUGAUUUCUUAUUCGGGCAAGGAUGUCCGUCAGAUCAUCAUCGAUGAUGCCUCACGCUUUAGACUCACUCAACAAAAGCUUCUUAUUAUCUUACAGGGAUCAAAGAACCUUGAGCGCCUUGAACUCAAGGGCAGUGUCGACGAAGACCUGACGAUCCCGGACACAAAGGGCAUCCUGAAGAAGUUGAACCAUAUCACUCUUCAGGAAAUUCUGAUCCAAAAACCCAAAAUCUUGAGUCCACUCCUGCAACAUGCCAGCGAUAGUCUACAGAGCUUGUAUAUCAACGGCUUGCCACAGUCUGGCUUAUACAAUGAUCUCCAGUUCCCCAAUUUACCCAGCCUAAAGUACUUGCGCAUUGAGGAGUCUUCCAAAUCGAGCCCCUUCCGACUAAGCACAGUAAGUUUGAAUUGA